UUAGUUUGCAUGAAUUGAGGUAAAUUUGUAUAAUAAUGAUGUUGGUAUGGCAAUUCAAACUCGUUCAAGUCAUGAUUCAGGAGGAAAAGAUCUUAAAAAUUCCAUCUUCCCUAACCAAAUCGUCCAUAAACCUCCUAGUUCCCGGAGGAACACUACCAACAAUGUAAGAAGUAGUGAUCCUUCAGGAGUAGAAUAUGAAAUUGGUGAUAAUUGGGGCAAAUACGAGAUUUUACAAACAAAAUGGUUAAAAUGUAUUUUAUCAGUUGAUUUACAAAAUGAAAAUGCCAAUAUUCCUGUUAGCAAGCAGUUGCGAUUUCUCAACAAUGCUAUUAAAUAUGUUCUUCGAAGUAUUCCCAAUCAACAACGCUGUAAAUUUUUUAUAAUUUUUCUGAAAAAAUAUGAAAAAGAUGCUGAAUUUAUAGACCGUUUGUAUGUAAUUUUAAUUCGUUGGUUUUUCUGUUUUAAGUACAAAUUUCGUCUUUCAGAAUUUCCAUCAUUAGGGUGUGUAUCAGUGCUUAGUAGUAUUUUUUGGUCUAUUUGCGCUAUUGGCACUUUGUUCACAAAUUUCAUUUUAACUCUAUGUAAUAGCUAUAACUCAAUGAAUUCGGUUGUAAUGGGACUGAUUGGGUAUGAGUCUGAGAUAAAUUCAGACAAUCAGUUGUAUAUUAGUGACCAGGACAUUUUAAAGUUGUUUCCACUUUUUUCAAAAUUUCAGACAAACGAAUUCUCUCCUACUUUUCACCAACUUUUUACCUCAUUUCUGCUUAAAUUAUAUUGUAAGAUUAGCUUAAAGACGGAUAAUAGUUCCCAUAACUUGGACAAAUUAAUGUGUAAAAUAAACGAGUAUGAAAUUAAUUCAGUAACUGAUGUUAAUAUAUACAUAAUGUUGCUGGAUCUGUAUUGUAAAUUAUCGUUAAAUGUAGAGGGGUUGGAAAGUUUUAUCCCUUUACAUGGGCCUGCAACAGUGUAUUCGAACCUUCUAAAGCAGUUUAAAUCUGAUGAUAAGAUGAGUAAUGAAGUGGUCAAGGGAAUAAUAUAUUCAUUUUCGAGAUUUUUAACUCGUCUGUUCCCGAAAUACAACUCAGUGAGUUCUGUUCCAGACAGUGUUUUAAUUUUAAUUCAGUCAUAUUUAAUUAUAGAACAGGAGAAUAGCGUAAAUAAUUGGGAUGAUGAGUGUGUAUUUGAAACCCUCAAAAGUGUAUUAAUAAAUCAUGAAUUGGGAAGAGAAAUAUUAAAGAAAUUAAGGAUAAACUUUAACUAUUACAGUAGUAAUUUGCCAUUAGAAGGCGAAUCAAUAGACUUGAUCAAUUUUAUAUACGAAGGUAUAAUAAAGAGUAGUGGUAUUCCAAGAAACGUGAUAUUGUAUUGUACAACUAGUUUGACAAAUAAAAUCGAGGAAACUUAUGUAAAUUAUGAAUUGAGUAGGGAAAUUGCAAAUAAGUUUUUAAUAUCCCUUUUUGAUCAUCUACAACAAAAUAAUCUUUCAAUUUCAGAUUUAUCCAAUGUUAUACCAACAACAGAUAAGAAUGGAGUGGAUAGAAGUAGUGUGAUAACGUGUGUUUUGGUAUCAAUGGCGACUUUGAUGAAUGAUGAGAUCUUUGUUGAUGGUAGUUCUGACUCAUUGGUCCGUGUUAUUGUUAACCUCAAGUAUAAUUAUACACAGGAUUCCAGUUUGUAUAAACUGUUUUUAUCAUUUUUAUACUGUGAAAUAAAGGAUGACACUGUGCUAUCACUAGAGUACAGAAACUAUGAAUUGCAACUUUAUAGAACUAUAGUUGUACACUACUUGUCGCAGCUUAUACAAUCACCAGUUAGAUUAAAGCAUUUCAUGUUUGACGGGAUGGUUUUGGAAGAAAGUAUAAUUAUUGUGAGGAUGUUUAAAUUUUUAAAUUUCAGAACAAAUCACUUGUUAAUGGACAGAAUUGUGUUUGAAAAGUUUCUAACCACAAGAUUUAUUCCUCUGAGUGAUGUUCAAGGGAUGGAUGAUGAAGUCGAGAGUUUAAUAUUUGGGUUUUUAGAAUAUAACAUGAAUAACACAACUCGCGAACAGAACAAUUUGUUAGUUAAAUCUGAAGAUUUCGUACAGAAUGCUACGAAUUUUGAUGUUUACUUUUUUAAAACAAUUCUCAGGUUUAUCACUCAGUUCAGGUAUAACAGUAAGAACGCUACUGAGUUGGUGGAACUGUUAUUGUACAAGUACCAUAUGAAGUUGUGUAGCAACAACUACUACGACUUGAAUAUGACCAACAGAAUAUACUCAAAUAUUAAGAAAUUGGUGGAGACAAACUUGUAUGGCCAGAAGGUCAAAAACUCACUUUUUGUUCAGUAUUUCGGCCCUAAUGAAGAUUCUAGUGAUUUUAUCGAGUCAAACGAAUUUAUUAGUGAUGAAAAUGGUUCAAAUCAUGACAAGUUAAACAGCUGUGGUGGCUCAGUAACAAGCACUGAUGUACAAUUAAUAGAACUGCUAAAGUUAAAUAAUAGAUACACUAAAAGAGCAUUUUACACUUUAAGUCACAUAGUUUCUGGCCAUUUAGUGUCAUUUCUGCCUGUAAAUCACAUCCCAACAUUUCUCUGUAACUGGGCCUCUUCCCUACCAAUUGACACCACAAGCGCUGUGAAAAGCGAAAAAAUAGCUAUAGCACGUUUUAUCCUCUUUUUACUCCUGUCCCAAGUGAUAUCACUGAAGAAUGAACUUACUUUGAAGAUGUUUAGGACUUUAGAACCCAUAAUCUCAGCCAUUAAUGUGAUUUACAUAAAUUUGGAGAUCAUCCACAAGGGUCCUAAGCCCUAUGCAUUUUGUGAAGUGAUUUCAGACGAAGAGGAGAUUUACACUCCCGAGAGGUGUAACUUCCUAUCACAGGAGUCGAUAGAGCUUGGCGACGAUAACUUUUAUGAGAACUUGGUUAAUAGCUACAACACUUUGAGGGAAGAUUCCUUAAGGAAGUUUAAUGAGAAGAAAGGGAAUAUAAAAAAGAGAAAUAAGGAACAGGUGCAACUAUUACUUCAAAUUUCACUACUGAUUUCACAAAUUUUCCUCAACAUUAUUUUACAUUUGUACAAUACCAUUAAUGAUGCUAAUAAUGGCUUAAUUACCAUUACAGAUGAUGGAGUUGUGUUGAGUUGUAUUGGAAAGAAGAGAACGUUGUAUUAUAAGACUGUCGAGUUUUUACUAUUGAUUGAUAACACUUUGUCAACAAUGAUCAGGACCUGUAUACUAUCAACUUUAAAUUUGGAAACUGAUUCUGUCAAGUCUGAGACUCAGAAUAUUACUGUAAAAUUGGAAAAUUCACCUAACAAUUAUGUAAACCAUCAUAACACUUUAAAACAUGACACGGUACAAGAUAAUGCUUUAAAGCAGGAUAACGGUGCUGGAGAACGUGUAGAUUAUAUUUAUAAGGAGAAAAGGUAUAGUGAAUUAAUAAACAAAAUAAAGAAUUUUAAGGAAACCAUCAAGUCAAAAUUAGCCUAUUUCAACUCAUUCCAGAAUAUAUACAAUAUGAGCGUUGACAACUAUGGGAGUACUGGUGAUGUUGCAAAUGACACUGGGAACACUGGAGAAAAUGAGCUGGAUGACGGCUUAGAGGAUGAUUUGGAGGAUUUUAUAGAUUUUGAAACUGAUAGUCAUUUAUCAAUGAUAACAUAUAAUACGAAUAAACAUACCGAAAAAUACAAGAACAUGAGUGUGAAGAAGAAAUUGAAGAUGACAACUCUACGAAACGAGUGGAAAUGUAUAAUUAAAUCACAUUUAAUGUAAUAAUAUUUAUA